AUGUUCUUCCCUCAUGCGCCGCCCAGCCUGUGGCGGUUCCUCCAGAUCUACAACAUCGUCACCAUCACGCUGAAGAUGCUCUACCAACUGCCCAUUUUCUGCGUCGAUGGCUCCAUUGACUUCCGAGGCUGCCAGGAAGUCACCUUGGUGUCAGCGCCCUGGUCAGCGGUUCUUGGCUUGCUGAAGGUGGACAGCCAGGAGGAUGGCCCAGCCAUGACAGUACGGAGCCUCUCACAGGCCCUGAGCAUGGACGUUCUGUUUGGCGCUGUCCUCUUCUUCCACUGCCAUGUGCUAUGCCAGGGCGGCCGGCUGCAAUGCUCACCUAGGGAGGUUUGCCGGACACUAGAGGAGGAAGCUCCGGAUGCAGGCGGACAGGACGCGCGCUCUGAGGCUGAGAUUCGACGAUCCCAGUCUGAUCUGCGACGACCAACAUCGGCAGGAGAGGUCUCUUCAACGUCAGUUGUGUCACAGGAGGAGUGGACAAUGGCGGCCUGGCUCAAGGAGAGCUGCCUGGCUGCGCACCAGGAGGUGAUGACUGGCGCAGAACUGACGAAACCAGCCAAGGAUCUCUACACCUGGCGCUUCGUACUGUCUCUAGCCUGCUUCCUGCUGCUGCUGCUCUUUUGGAACGCCUUGGCGGGCACCGGCCGCAGCUUCACAGCAACGCUCAUGGCCAGCAUCUUUAGCGGGACGCAGGUCUUCGCCAUCAUCGCGGUUCUGGCAUGCAUGAUCGCGGAUCGAGCGUUGUACACUUGGUACACCCAAGAACGCUUUCUGGCGGAAGGUAGCGGCGUGGAGGCAGAGUCAACUAGCUCGUCACCUGGUCACGAGCCAUCUGCUCAAGGGGCCGAAGCAAGCCGCAGCCCAAGCAGCUCGAGGCUGAGCCUUCCCUCACGAGGCGACUCGUCGCCCGUCGAAGUGGCCCGCCGCAGCACAGUGGCAGCCGUGAUGCAGAUGUCCCUGCUUCUACUUCAGCUGGUGGCACUGCACGCUGUGCUUAUCGCUGCAUGGGCACAAUCAGCGAGCCCCUCGGCCGCCCAGGCAUCCAUGUUUGGCAACUUCAUGCUGCUGUUCUUCUACGCUCUUUACGUGUCCUACUUGGUCCUUAGUGCCUUGCAGUUGAGAUACGAUGUCCACAUGGUGCAAGGAGGGCUCGGCCUCACUCACAGCGUGCAAUUCGGCCCCUGGCUGCUCUUCAAGGUCUACACCACGGUGCCCUUCAUCGAGGAGCUGCGGGUACUAACGGAUUGGACGGUCACGGGAACGUCAUUGAACCUCUUCAUGUGGUUCAAGCUGGAGGACGCCCAGCAGAAUUUGUACAAGACCAGGUGCGACAUGAACGGCCGAAAGUACGUGAAGCCAUAUGCCAAACGGCCCUUGCGGGAGAAGAUCCUGCAGGGAGGUUUGUUCCUCCUGGCUUUGUUCGUGCUCAUCGUUGGACCGGUGACCUACUUCUCCACGGCCAACCUGUUCCUCAAGAGCAACCUGGUGUACACCGGCUCUCUGAAAGCCAGCUUGGAGGUGGAGUUGGAGGGUGGCGGCAUCAGCCAGCUGCCUCUCUACGAUACCGCCCAGGCAGACAUCAGCUUAGCAAGAAGUGACGAGACCCUCAAGUUCGCGGCCAGCUACCCCAGCAUGGGGAAUGCAGUGGAUUUGAACCUGCAGAAGGUGAUCUUCCCCAAGUCUGCGGACAACCUCUGGCUGGUGUCCAACUCAUUGCGGACGCAGGUGGCGACGCAGCUCAGCAGCAACGGCACCAAGGCCAACCUCGUGGUGAUGUACCAGUUCCAAGGAAAUCUGACCACCUCAGGGAGGGGCAUGGGUCGCUCUCCACCUGUGGCUUUGAACCAAAGCCAGGUGUCUAGCCUGGCGAAGGCCUUGGCCAACACCUCCUUCCAAGGCGAGUCCAGCAUCGAGGUGCCUUGCAGCCUUCAGUCGGCCUUGCUCAUUGAUUCCUCCGGACAGGUCUCUGCCAUGGGUGCCUUGAGCUCCCUUAGCCUCACCCUCUCCUCUGAGUCUGGGUCACAGCUGCCACAAUGGUCCAUGGCCAGUAGUUGCCAGCCGUGCUCAAGCACGCCGGCAGAGGAGGAGCGGUGUCCCGUCUCCUUCGAGGUGGCCAGUGAGAAGGUGGCACCGACACCUACGGGAGACAGUUCAACAAACUACAACGUGAUGGGCAUCUACUUGGGCGUUGUGUACACCAUCGGCCGCUUCUUGCGCUUUGUCUUCCAGGAUGCCUCCAAGCGAGUCAUCUACGAAGAGAUGAAUGAUACCGAGCUCUUAGAGGACCUUUGCAAUGGGAUCUACAUUGCGCGCAUCACUGGCGACUUGGAAAUGGAGUACAAGUUCUACUAUGAGUUGAUCCGCAUCUAUCGGAGCCCCGAGCUUAUGCUGGACAUCUCGAAGCCCAAGGUGGAUACUGGGCACUUCCCGACAUUUGUCUCUGAGCAGGCCGAGCCCCAAGAAAGGGCAACACGCCGGCGCGGCUCGAGUCAAACGCAGGCCCAGGGAUCAAUGGAUUCGACUAUGGAUUAG